UAAUGCUAAAUGGUUAAAGAACUCUUUGCUUUUAGCUUAUUAACCCUUUUUAACGGUUAGGGGUGAAACAACAGAAGCUUUAGAAUAACGGACAGAUCAAUACGUCCACGUCCUUCUGUCUUCACCUCAGGACCAGACAACCAGACAAGGACGCAGAGGACACUUCCUGUUGCCUUUGAGCGGCGCCGAGGCCGACGUCUCGACCACGAUCCGACUCACGGGAAGAAAUCCAUCAAAACGCCAUGUCCUCGCCCCCCCUCCCCAUGCCCUCCCUCCCCCCCAGCCCCCUCGCCAUGGAGUACCUCAACGACUUUGACCUCCUGAAGUUCGAGGUGAAACCGGACACUCCUCCGGGCGUCUACCCCAAAUCCGGCCUCGCCCCCGACCCCUCCAGCUCGCCGUAUACCGGCCAGCCCCCGCCGGACUCCAGCCUGAGCUCCAGCCCCUACGACUCGCUGCCGCCCUCGCCCACGCUCAGCGACGCCCACCCGCCGCCCUCGGGCUCCUCCUCGUCCUCCUCCAUCUCCUUUCCGCUAUCCAUCUCCAACAGCUUCACCUCGGGCAUCAGCUCCGGCUCCCAGGGCAACGCGGGGGGCAGCCCGGCCCACGCGGGGCCCCCGGGGGCCGCCCCGGCCUCGCUGGAGGACCUCAUCUGGCUGGCGGCGCUGCAGCAGCAGUUCGGUGGCGAGGUGGCGGGGCCCGCCAACCUGCUGGGGGCCCUGGGAGGAGAGCCGGAGCGGGGGGGCGACAGGGAGAGGGGGCCGGUCAACGGCUUCCUGGGCUGCGAGGACGCCGUGGAGGCGCUGCUAAACUCGGCCGCAGCGGCCGUCAGCUCCCAGUUCCCAGGUCUUUCCCAGAGUUCGAGCAGCAACCUGGGAGACUCCAGCAGCGACAGCGGCGCCGACAUCUCCUGCCCCAAAGGGACCGACAUGUGCCACCGGCCGCUCGUCUUCCUCCCGUCCGGCGCUCCCAACGCCGGCGCCUCCGCCGCUUACCCACAAGCCCUCAGCCCCCAGGGACGCCUUCAUCACCACCAACAUCACCAUCACCACCCGCACCACCCCAUGCAUCACCACCACCACCACCACCACCCUCAGAUCAAUCAGUGCGGGGGCGGCGACCGCUUCUCUGACGAGCAGCUGGUGAGCCUGUCGGUGCGCGAGCUCAACCGUCACCUGCGCGGCGUCAGCAAGGACGAGGUGGUGCGGCUGAAGCAGAAGCGCCGCACGCUGAAGAACCGCGGCUACGCGCAGUCCUGCCGCUACAAGCGCCUGCAGCACCGCCACGCGCUGGAGUCGGAGAAACACGUGCUCACGCAGCAGCUGGAUCAGUUACAGUGUGAGCUGACUCGAGUGCUGAGGGAGAGGGACGCCUACAAGGCUCGCUACGAGAAGCUCCUCGCCACCAGCCACGGAGACGCCCCCCCACCGCCGCCCCCCCCGCGCAGGCAACCCACCUUCCCCGCCCCCUGA